UGUUUGCAUUUUAUCUAGCUCUCGAUGUGGACGGCGGAGUAAAAGGCGCCAGUGUUUGGUGUCCUUCCAGAGAGAAACAUCACAAACUGCUGCAUGAGGUUUUAAAACCUGAAGCGAAGCUACAAAGAGCAGGUCGGAGAGAAGUCGAGGAGAGACACUUCAACAUGAACUCUGAGAGGAAACGGUCAGCUGGCCAGCAGAGAGCUUUACCUUCAGAUGUCCAGAAAGUGAUUGUUGGUGAAGAACAUCAGCAGGAGUGGAGCUCCAGUCUGGACCAGGAGGACACAAAGCCCCCACACAUUAAAGAGGAACAGGAGGAACUCCGGAUCAGUCAGGAUGAAGAGCAGCUUCAAGGGCUGGAGGAGGCUGAUAUCACCAAGUUCCCAUUCACUCUGGUCCCUGUGAAGAGUGAAGAUGAUGAAGAGAAACCUCAGUUCUCACAGCUUCAUCAAAGACAAACUGAAGAGAUAAAAACAGAAGCUGAUGGAGAGGACUGUGGAGGACCAGAACCAGCCAUGAAAUCAGAUCCAGAUACACAUUUACAACCAGAUACUGAUGACCAAUCUGGUCAUCAGUAUCUGGUUGUAAAUGAGACUUUUAAACCUGAGGCUGAUGACAGUGCUGAUUGGAAGGAGACCAGAGAACCUCAGUCAGGGUUAAACUCUAUGGAAAAUAAUGAAGUCCCUAUCAGUGAUUUGAGAUGUAGUGCUGGUGAGAAUCCAUUUAGCUGCUCUGUCUGUCAGAAAACUUUUACAUUGAAGGGAAGUUUAAAGGCACACAUGAGAAUCCACACGGGAGAGAAACCAUUUAGCUGCUCAGUCUGUAAGAAAGCUUUCCUAGCGAGUGGACAUUUAAAAAAACACAUGAGAAUUCACACGGGCGAGAAACCAUUUAUCUGCUCCGUCUGUAAGAAAGCUUUUAGAGUGAAUGACAGUUUAAAGAGACACAUGAGAACCCACACAGGAGAGAAACCAUUUAGCUGCUCGGUCUGCAAGACAGCUUUUAGGGAGAGUGGAAAUUUACAGAAACAUAUGACAAUCCACACAGGAGAGAGACCGUUUAUCUGCCCUGUCUGUAAGUGCGAUUUCAGAGAGAGGGGAAGUUUAAAGGUACACAUGAGAAUCCACACAGGAGAGAAACCAUUUAGCUGCUCAGUUUGUAAGAGAGCUUUUAUACAGAGUGGAGGUCUACAGGAACACAUGAAAACCCAACACGCGAGUGUUACAAGCGCCCCCCUUGUUUUGCUUCUCCCUGUCUGCUCUACUCAGGUGAUCCUGAUGUGAUCGUUAGUGGUUGGCUCGCUUUAUUUUUUGGGGGAUUGAGGUUUGAGGGGUAUGGCACAAAACCAAGAUGAUAUUUAGUUAUUGUACUAUAAAUACAGAUGUAUACAUAGUAAUAGAUAAUGAAAUAAUUAAGAGUCUAUGAAAUGUUACACUCAAGAUCUCAUCUGAACAGUAAAAAAAAACUUUCAACCGAGUUUAAAACUUUUACAGCCAAUUAAAAUGUCGGGUUUUAAUCGGGCGUGAGUCCAUAAAGUCUAAAUGUAUUUGAACGGUCUUUCUAAAAUGUUUAACUACACUUC